GAGCUCGAGGCCGCGGUGACCCGGGGGCUCUGCGCGGCGAGGGCCCACGCGGAGGCGGGGGGCGUCGCCCGCCGCCUGGUCGUUGGCCACUUCUACUUCCCGAACGCGAUGGCCCUCCCGGCCGCGGUCGUGAACACGACGGGAGAGGCCCUGGACCUGGACGGGGACCUGGGCAGCCUCUGGUCCGUCAGCGCGCCCCUGCAGUUCUCGCUGGAGCGCCCGCACAAGAACAAGAG